AUGCGUGCUAGAAACGCCAGCUCCUUCCGACGUCUGAACGUCAGCGAGACACACGGAUGUCGAGUCCCUGUGAAGGGCAACCACGGCUUGAUUGAGGCGAGUGUCUUGGGCAACACGGGCAAAUUGGAAAUGCAUGUGCAGUGCCAUGUGGGUGUUAAGCUUGAGGUAACGCUUUGUGCCUCUCUUCUUGCAGGGGGUUAUGAGCGUUUCUCCUCGGAAUACCCCGAAUUCUGUGCAAAAACCAAGUCACUGAGCAAUGUGUCACCCCCUACCAGCGCUGAGUCCCUGGAUCUGGGCUGCAGCUCCUGUGGGACUCCUCUUCAUGAUCAGGGUGGUCCUGUGGAAAUCCUUCCCUUCCUCUACCUUGGCAGUGCCUACCAUGCUGCCCGGCGGGACAUGCUUGAUGCACUGGGCAUCACAGCCCUGCUGAACGUCUCCUCAGAUUGCCCCAAUCAUUUUGAAGGGCACUACCAGUACAAGUGUAUCCCCGUGGAGGAUAACCACAAAGCUGACAUCAGCUCCUGGUUCAUGGAGGCAAUCGAGUACAUUGACUCAGUGAAGGAGUGUUGCGGCCGGGUCCUGGUCCACUGCCAGGCUGGUAUCUCCCGCUCAGCCACCAUCUGCUUGGCUUACCUGAUGAUGAAGAAGCGUGUCAAGCUGGAGGAGGCCUUUGAGUUUGUCAAGCAGCGCCGGAGCAUCAUCUCCCCUAACUUCAGCUUCAUGGGGCAGCUGCUGCAGUUUGAGUCGCAGGUGUUGGCCACCUCAUGCGCAGUGGAAGCUGUCAGCCCCUCGGGGACACUGCGGGAGCGGGGCAAGGCCACCUCCACUCCCACCUCCCAGUUUGUCUUCAGCUUCCCCGUCUCUGUCGGUGUCCAUGCCACCCCCAGCAGCCUCCCAUACCUGCACAGCCCCAUCACCACGUCACCCAGCUGUUAGCUCAGGGGCUGAGGCAGGCCAGGGCAGACAGGGCCAGGUGGGCAUGGAGCCCCAUGAUGUUAAGCAAUAGUGCUGGACACUGCCAUUCACCCUGGACUCAACGUCUUUUUCGUAGAGAAAUUUCUUACCUCAUCUUGGUUUUGCUUUUUCAUUUUAUGUUUUGAAAACACGAAGUUGUAAAAGCCACAAACCCUGACAUUGUCCAGGCUCUUCUGGGGAGGGGAAAAAUAGUAUACUGGGUUUCCUCAAGUGCCUGGUCUUCAUCUCUGUCCAUCCCUAUUUUGCCAUCCUGUUUUUUUUUUUAAAAAAAAAAAAGACAGACCUCUCCUUCUCCCUGUAUUUCUGCCCCUAGCUCAUCUGGGUUGAAAAGGGAGCAUACCCUCUUUUUAUUGUGCGGCAGUCUUCCCCCUUGCACAAACCGACACGGGUGUGUGUGGUGGGUGCUGUUUACCUGAGCCAGUUACACGGGGUGACAAGCAGAGCUGCAGGCAGGGCCUUGGGGCAAGCAGGAAUGGUGGGGGCGCAGGGCUGCCUGCACCUCUGCCACUGCCUGGGGAGGUGAUGCUGCAGCUUUUGGUCCAAACCUAGAAAAUGCCUCGUCUUCAACCCACCUGGAGCCUUAUGUCCCACCCUGCCUCCCUCCUUCUCCCCAGUCCAGUCCAAUACACAAGAUGCCUGUGUGGCUGAUGUACAUAUGUAUGGUUUUCCCUUUUUUUUUUUUUUUAGUAAUUAACUUUUUAUUUAUUGCCUGAGGGAGGGAGAAAACAAAUUGUUUGGAGAAAAUAAAAAUAAAGCUGUUUUCAACAGUUGUGGCUGGCACAGUUUGUCCUAAGACCAAGACAGAAUGGCACUUUGUGCAAACACUCAGCUUCCACAGAGUACCUGUUAAAAAUGUAUUUAUUGAAUUUUAAACUAUUACAAGUAAUGCAGAUCAGACAUUUAGCCAAGCACAUUUAUAGAUCAAACUCGGUUGUUACAGAGAUGUUACCUAAAGUCCACCAUGUAGGUAGGCUGAGAACCUGCCCAUCGUCUUUGAAAAAGAGGGUAAAGGAGGAAAUAAAUAAAUGAUAUCCCAGCUCCAGGUAAUUGGCAACCAAGAGAGGAAACAUACAGGGACAGUUACUAAAACAAGAUACAAAAAAGGGUUUAAAAACUCAACCCCCAGGUACGCUGCCAUUUGGGUUGGUGGAGAAAGCAAAUAGGAAUGAAGAUACACAAGCUUACAAGACUGUUGUAUAGAAAAAUCUCAAUUUCAAUUUCCAAAGCUGAAGCAACUUCUGCAGAUGUUAAGAAAGUGUCAAAAUUGCCUUGUAAUACAGAUACUCUAAUUAAACUACAUUAGUAAUUAAUGGAACCAACACUAAAACUUGCCACCAACAGGUUCAGUAAGACAGAAAUUGAUACCUCGAACCCAGUCUGACAAUAUGACCUGACAGGCAUAUGCGAUAGUGUAAUGGGAAAUGCCUCUGUUUCUUAUGUUCCCUACCAAUUCAUGGGCUCAUUCACCUUGUUUCUGAAGUUCUAACAUGCAUAUGCUGUCCCCUGAUCCUCUGAGGUUUCAUACCCACUAUGUGUUCAAAGAUGUAGGAACAUGCCCACUCCAUUGAUGCUCCCUGUGAAGAGGCAGGAGUGCAUGCUCUGGCCCGGGCCAAAGCCACCACCUCUGAUCAUCAGUGGGUAAGUCUGUGGAUGCUCACACACCACUCGCUACCUGUGGCAAGAAUUCAAUCUGUACUUUCCUGUGUCUUUCCCAGCAGGGCUGCAGCAUGGCUUAAAAUGACAGAAGCAUGCAUUAGAUGCAUCUCCUUUUAGAUUUCUGAGCUAGAUUUUUCUCUGGCAAAGCAGCAUGAAAAGGGAGAAAUCCCCUUAAAAAAUAAAUUCACGCAUUUCCUGACCUUCAGCUGCUGAGAAUGAUUAGCAAUGUUCAAACUAAUCUGUUUUGUGGUCAGAGCCUUCCUUCUACCCAUCUUCUGAAAAAAUCUGGGUAAUUUCCGUUAACAGUCCCAUGUGGAAAUUCUAGGUAACACAUGUACUGUGCAGGAGCUCUGACUUCACUGCACGAAUGCAGGACUCUUUUUUGAAAACAUUUGCCACUAAGUAGUUCCCAUAGGCCACAGAGUGGCACGAUAUGUUGUUAUACAUUAGCACCCCUCAGCAUGUCACACCUUCCCAGGGUGGUCUCCUCUAACCUACAACAACAGUAGGAUCACAUGGUUUUCAGAGCCAAGGAAGCAGCCUUCUCCAGAAGCUACUCAGUCUCACAUACCACGUGCUUUUUCUGUGUCUGCUGCCCACCAAAGCCAGCAGUGCAGAACAUUUGGGGGGGCUUCCUUUUUGCUUCAGUGUAGAAUUUUGUUCUGGGGUAUUCCUGUUAUCAACAAGCAAAGUAUAAAAAUUUGCAGGCAAAAGAAAUUCAUUCCAGCCGCAUAAUGCUGUGGGAUUCAAUGGCAUCACAUGCAAACAUUCAAAACAGAGGUUAGAAAAACACAUUGCUCAUUCCUUGGACUAAAGACCAAUAGUGACUACAAAACAGUGGAACUAGUACAAGUGGUUUGUAACAGUCUCUGUGGAGCUGGGAUCAAAACAGAUUGGCAGAUAAAAUAAAGAUGAGAAAAUAAGAUAUACCUUAUUAAGGUACUGUCCUCUCUGCUUUUAAUCCUAACAGAAGUUUUGUUGACAGCAUUCAGACUGCAAUGUCACUGCAGCAGGUACCUAAUUCAUCUGUCUCGUGGAAACAAUUUCAGCAACGGAGAGCAGAACAAUCCCUUCUUUGCUAUGUGGUGAAGUUUUUCUGUUUUGCCUAUUAAGGUCCUGUUGAAAACUGCACAGAUGUUUCAAAAUGCUGCCUCAAAGGGACAUGAAAAAAAA